AUGGCGCAAUGCGGAGACGAUGGUGGCGCGAUGCAGAGACAACCAUCUUCUUCCUCAGCGAAACGGAAGCUCAGGGGUAGGUCUCCUCCCCGUCAGCCUCCGGCUCCACGCCAUCCUCCAACUCCACGUCGUCCUCCACCUCCACGCCGUCCUCCACCCCCACCACCAUUUGUUUGUCCACCAUGUGUUUGUCCACCACCAGUAUUUCCACCAAAUAUCCCACCACCCGUGAUUACACCACCAGAGAUUACACCACCCACACCAGAACCUGAGAUUUCACCAACGAAAGCUCCACCACCCGGGACUACACCACCCGAGAUUACGCCACCAGAAAUUCAACCACCCGAGAUUACGCCACCAGAAACUGAACCAAUUUCACCAAUAGAUAUUAAUCCCAAAAUUCUACCACCCGGGGUUACACCACCAGAAACUGAACCAAUAACUCCAUUACCAGAGAUUCCAGUACCCGAGAUUUCACCACCAGAAAUACAACCACCCGAGAUUACACCACCAGAAACUGAACCAGUAACUCCACCACCCGAAAAUGAACCAAUAAGUCCACUACCAGAGAUUCCACUACCCGAGAUUACGCCACCAGAGAUUCCACCACCCGAGAUUUCACCAAUAGAUAUUAAUCCAAAAAUUCCACCACCCGAGAUUUCACCAAUAGAUAUUAAUCCCAAAAUUCCACCACCCGGGGUUACACCACCAGAAACUGAACCAAUAACUCCAUUACCAGAGAUUCCAGUACCCGAGAUUUCACCACCAGAAAUUCAACCACCCGAGAUUACACCACCAGAAACUGAACCAGUAACUCCACCACCCGAAAAUGAACCAAUAAGUCCACUACCAGAGAUUCCACUACCCGAGAUUACGCCACCAGAGAUUCCACCACCCGAGAUUUCACCAAUAGAUAUUAAUCCAAAAAUUCCACCACCCGAGAUUUCACCAAUAGAUAUUAAUCCCAAAAUUCCACCACCCGGGGUUACACCACCAGAAACUGAACCAAUAACUCCAUUACCAGAGAUUCCAGUACCCGAGAUUUCACCACCAGAAAUUCAACCACCCGAGAUUACACCACCCGAAACUGAACCAGUAACUCCACCACCCGAAAAUGAACCAAUAAGUCCACUACCAGAGAUUCCACUACCCGAGAUUACGCCACCAGAAAUUCCACCACCCGAGAUUUCACCAAUAGAUAUUGAACUAAAAAUUCCACCACCCGAGAUUUCACCACCCGGAAAUGAACCAAAGACUCCACCACCGGAGAUUACACCACCCGAGAUAUCACCACCCGAAAUUGAACCAAAGACUCCACCACCCGAGAUUACACCAUCACAAGUUCCACCACCUGAGAUUACUCCUCCGGAGAUCCAACCACCUAAAAUUCAACCACCAGAAAUUACACCACCAGAAAGUCGACCACCAAAGAUUUCACCACCACAAAUCGAACCACCCGAGAUUACGUCACCAGAAAUUACACCACCAGAAAGUACACCACGACAAAUCGAACCACCCGAGAUUACGCCACCUGAGAUUCCGCCACCAAAAAUUUCACCACCUGAUACACCACCACCAUCCGGGACUCCACCAAAACAAAGUCCACCACUUCCUCCUCCGAACUUCCAACCACCACCGCCCCCACUCCCUACAUGUCCCAGGAAUGCUGCUCAACAAAGGGCAUGUGCCAAUGUUGUAAGACGUUAUGGGAAUUUCCUAGACUUUGGAAGGGCACAACCAUGUUGCUCUCUUAUUCGCCAUUUGUCUGAUCGCGAAGCAGCAGCUUGCCUAUGUGGUUUUGUGCAACCUCCAGGUCAACGACGUUCCCCUCCUCGCAAUAUUUUUGUUCUCUGUAGGGCUUGUGGUCGCAGGGAGGCUUCAUGUGCCCAUAACCUUUUCCACGUACCCUUCGAAUUACCUCCAUACACAAUAAUACACACUUGCCACCUUUAA